AUGGGCAGGCCACUGAGCACCUAUCUCGUGUACGCUUGGAUUAUCAGUGGGCUUGAGAUCUACUUUUGCAUCGGACCGCCUGACAAGACGUGCGAGUUCCCCGAGAAGUCAGGUGCUUUCGUCUCCCUUGAUGGGUGGCGGGGUAUCCAGAUGAUGUUCGCCAUUCUGAACAUUGUUUUUGCGCCAUAUAUGCAGAUCAAGGUCUGGAAUUUUAUUAUGGAGGAGGUCAAGCGAGGGGGGGCCCCCAUCGACAAGAAGACGGGGAAACAGGUCGUCCCCAAGAAGGAUGUCCAGAACGCGUUCAAGAAGGUCUUCUGCGAGGAUUUUGGUGUGCUUUUCUAUUUCAUCUCGAAGAGGGAAGGCCAGAAGUGGGCCGGUGGCAUCCUCUGGGGCAGCGAGCUGAAGGGGGACUGCAGCAUCGACAGCCCAGCGUACCUGGGCAUGGCGAUGUUCAGCCUGGCGUUCGUGUACACCUUCUGCUGGUACUGCUGCCCCUGCUGCGCGAGGGCGAUCGAGAUGGAGAAGCAGGUGCGGGAGCAGCCUCGGCAGGCGGCACCUUUGCGGGGAGCCGUUGAGAUCAGCGACGCGCUGGCCCUGAGCGCCUCCGGGACCGCCCCGCUGGGCAAGGGCCCCGUGUCUGUCGACCAGGAGCCGGCGCAGGGCAGGCCGCACUCGUGCGAGGGCUACGACGAGGAGUGGAGCGAGUGCCCAGACGUGCCCCACUGUGGGACCUGCAAGCCGGUCGACUGCAAGUUCCACGAGUGGGGCGAGUGGUACGAUGGUGGCGGCUGCAUGGGGCUGAAGUUCCGCGAUCGCACCAUCAAGGUGUACAACAACGAGUGCGGGAAGCCAUGCAGCGGGCCCAAGAAGAUGUCCGUGCCCACGCCGCUUGACGACCAGUGCGGCCGCGCUGGCACCCCUUGCGUCUUCUCCUCGUGGUCCGAGUGGAGCAAUUGCUCGUCCGACGACGACCAGUCGAUGAGGUCGCGGGCGGUGGAGAAGCCCCCGAGCCAGGGCGGCCAGCCGUGCGCCGGGGGCGUGAAGGAGACGAGGGCGUGCGGCCCCGACCCUCAGCGGGUCGACUGCAGCUUCACGGCGUGGCAGGACUGGACCUCCUGCAGCGCCUCCUGCGGCACGGGCCGCAUGUCGCGCCUCCGCGAAGUCGACGCCAAGGCGGCGCAUGGUGGGGCGACCUGCAGCGACGUGCUUCUGCAGGUCACGAGCUGCUCGGGGGAGGAGUGCCCCAGCAGAGACUGCAAGGUCAGCGCCUGGAGCGAGUGGUCCAUGUGCGACGAGGACCACCCCCAGCGCUAUAGGCACCGCACCAUCCUCGAGGCGCCCUCGGGCGACGGGAGCCCGUGCUCCGAGCAGCUGGCAGAGACGCAGGGCUGCCCGCGAGGCGGCCCCGUCGACUGCCUGCUCGGGGAGUGGACGGCGUGGAGCGACUGCACCAGGAUUUGGCGGCACGCCAGCAGUACCGGGAGCGGCAGCUGGAGACUCCGAGCGCGCGGGGCGGCAACUGCAGCGCGGCGGUGCUGA